AUGCGUUUCAGCCACGAGCCCGCAGCUUUCCAGCUGUGCGCAAACAGCGCCAUGUUCGACAGCGAAGACUGCGGCUCCGCAGACAGGGAGCAGAUGACGGAGGUGGGAUCCCCGUGUUCAGGGCCCUCCAGCCCGCAGUCCGUCAACUCGGACUCCAGCUGCACGAGCCCAGAGGUGAAGUCCACAGCAGGGCAGGAAAGAGUCAGGAGGCCUCUGAAUGCCUUCAUCAUCUGGACCAAAGAGGAGCGCAGGAGACUGGCACACCUGAACCCAGACCUGGAGAACACUGAUCUGAGCAAAAUACUUGGAAAGACCUGGAAGGCCAUGUCUCUGGCUGAGAAGCGUCCUUACAUGCAGGAAGCCGAGCGCCUCAGAGUCCAGCACACCAUUGACUACCCAAACUACAAGUACCGGCCCCGCAGGAGGAAGCAGCUGAAGAAGAACUCCAAUAACAAACCCUCUGGUGCAGAAUCCUCUACCUCAUUGCCUUCGCUCUGCACCUCAGGGUACACAGUACCCUACAACCUCUCCUACCUGCUCCAGAACCAGCAGCAGCCCUACCCCAGCUCACCUGUUUUCCCUACCACCCCAGCUAGCUACACAAACAGUCCAGUCUUUCCUGACCACGCAGCUGUAGACGCUUUCCAAAAUAACGCUGAAGUGUACCCACAUGCGUACCCUGUGGAACCCCAGGGGUAUUUCAGCUGCCAGCCCGGGUACAUGCAGCACGGUUUCUCCGCUCCUGCAGCUCCACAUGUGGAUCAAGGGGACUCCAGGGGGUACGGGGGUUUUCUGUGCUCGUCCGGACCCUCCCUGGAGUUUUACCUGGAGCAGGUUCAGCUCGACAUGCUGUACGAUCUGGACCGCAGUGAGUUUGAACAGUACCUCGGUCCAAGCGCUCACAGGCCAGAGUCGGUGGAUCCUAGCAGCUACACACAGCAGAGCGGCUACAGAGAGGAGCGCUCACUUUGA